AUGGAAUUCAAUAAGCCAUCCCCUCUAAAAAUGACUGGUAAUUUAAUUGACAACUUUAAAAUGUUUAAACAAGAGUUUCAAAUUUUUUUUGAUGCAACUGAAUGUCACAUGAAGAAAGAGGCGACUCAGGUAGCGAUCCUAUUAAAUUUGCUGGGACCAGAUGGUUUGAAAGUCUACAAUACACUUAAAGUGAAAAAUGAAACAGUGUGUAAAAUUUUAAAUGCACUGGAAAGUUAUUGUAUUUCAAGAAAAAACGAAAUUAUGGGACAGUACUUAUUUUUUACUCGUAAUCAAGGUGCUGAGGAACCGUUUGAAAAUUUCUACACGGAUUUGAAACAAUUGAUCAAAACGUGUGGUUUCGAUCAAUUUGAGGAAAAAUUGCUGAGGAUUCAAAUUGUGCUUGGUAUUUCAAACAAGGAUGUCCAAACUAGUUUGUUAAGAGAGUACCCACCGCUUGAAAGAAUGGUUAAUCAUUGGCGUGCUCCAGAGCAAACUAAGCUCAACAGAAAAGUCAUCCGGGAAAACAAUACUACGAGUAAAUCGUUGUUCAAUAUUGAAAUAAAUCAAAAGCCAAAGUAUAGAACAAAUUCGAAUGGUCGGUCUACACAGGAGUCAAAUUCUAAGUCAGGUUAUACAAAUUGUUAAAUAUAAUAAUGCUUAAUUGUACUUCUUGUGGUAAAACAGAUUCGAGACAAUUGAUCAAAACGUGUGGUUUUGAUCAAUUUAAGGAAAAAUUGCUGAGGAUUCAAAUUGUGCUUGGUAUUUCAAACAAGGAUGUCCAAACUAGUUUGUUAAGAGAGUACCUACCGCUUGAAAGAGCGGUUAAUCAUUGGCGUGCUCCAGAGCAAACUAAGCGCAACAGAAAAGUCAUCCAGGAAAACAAUACUACGAGUAAAUCGUUGUUCAAUAUUGAAAUAAGUCAAAAGCCAAAGUAUGGAAGAAAUUCGAAUGGUCGGUCAACACAGGAGUCAAAUUCUAAGUCAGGUUAUAAAGAUGUUAAAUAUAUUAAAGCAUUUUUUUUAUGAAUUUAAUAAUAAGAAAACCAAUGUUAUUAUAUUGUAAAUUAUUGUACUCGUGGUAAAAAUCAUAAGAUUGACAUGUGUCAAGCAUCUGGAAAAUAUGUGGUUACUGUGGUUUAUUAAAUCAUUUCUAAAUUAUGUGUAAGAAAGAGAAAAAAGGUGUAAGUGAUAAAAAUAACAAGUUAGCUGUAUAGAAAAUUAGAUGCAUUUGAAAUUAUGAACACUAGUGAAGAGAGUAAAACUAAAAUAACACGGAUUGGAAAAAUUGUAAUUCACGAUUUUAAAACUUUAAUAAAACCUAAUCAUUUUGCUGAGCUUAAUAUUAUGUCUGUUGAAUAAUAUGGUAAAUUAAAAAAUGUGACUUUAAUUAACAGUUCAAAAGUUUUAUUUAAAACGACAGAAAAACAUUAUUUUAGAUAUUUAAUUGUCCGUAAAUUAAUCGAAAAUAAUUUACAGAUUCAAAAGGUGUCAAGAUUCCUGUCAAGUGGUUGGACUUUACUCCAUAUUCUUUAAUAGUAUGUAAUACGUUUUUGCCAUUUAAAACACCAUUGGAUAGUAAAUACAGAGUACCUAUGAGACAUAUAUUCAAAACAAAUAUGCUCUUCUCGUCAAUGGCUGAAAAAAAGGUAUUAUAAAAUAAUAUUAAUGUAUUUAUUUAUAUUUUAUUAAAAAAAUAAUGGGAAAAAAUGUGUUUGUUAUCAAAGAAAUUCAAUUUUAAUUUUUUUGUGGAUAGUAAAUACAGAGUACCUAUGAGACAUAUAUUCAAAACAGAUAUGCUCUUCUUGUCAAUGGCUGAAAUAAAGGUAUCACAGAAUAAUAUUAAUACAUUUAUUUAUAUUUUAUUAAAAAAAUAAUGGGAAAAAAUGUGUUUGUUAUCAAAGAAAUUCAAUUUUAAUUUUUUUGUAAACUGAUUCAUUGAUCUUGUAUAACUUUAAAACUACCUCAUGCCCAAAGUUUUUGGUUAGGCUCCUACACAAGGGUAAGAACGGAAAAACAACUAUACUAAUGUGAGACAGACUAGUGAUCUAACCUAAUUAGGUGUCAAAACUGAAGCAAGUCAAAUAAAUAAGUCCAAAUAAAAUUAAUCUACUUUGCCCAUAUAAUAUUAAAAUAAUACAAAGUCUGUGAAUCACUCCCACAUUGAUUCAGAAAUAUAAUUUGUUUUAUUUUUGAUAAUAAUUUAGAGGAAAAGGCAACCAGAAGAAAAUCACAAGAGCAAUGUACUAAGAUAUAAAUAUACACUAAAAUAUUUAUUAAAAUCAAAAUGAAUGUUAUGAAUUCUAAAAAUAUUCGAAAUUGCUUAGGUGAUUUAAUCUAGAUUCAUGAUAAAUAUCUCAUGAACAGACAACAAAUAUUUUAUUUUUAUUACUUAAUGGGUGUAGUUUCAACACAUAAAUACUUCAAAUAUUUCUUUGGUUAUAUUAUCUUCAGAUUCCUGUAUUUUUAAAUUGUAAAAAUAUUGAGAGUUAUGAAAAUUAUCCCAACGGUGUAAUGAUGUACAGUCUAUAUCAUAUUUAUUAAAGUUAUUAGGGUUAUUAUACUAAAAUUUGUGUUCAGAUAUUUCUAUAACAUAAUAUUAUAUUUAGUAAAUAAACCAAAUCAUUUUAGGUUGAUUUAGGAUUAUGGAUUGAUCUGACAAAUUCAAAUCGUUACUAUGAUCAAUUNAUAUUUCUAUAACAUAAUAUUAUAUUUAGUAAAUAAACCAAAUCAUUUUAGGUUGAUUUAGGAUUAUGGAUUGAUCUGACAAAUUCAAAUCGUUACUAUGAUCCAUUGGAAGUUAUCAAUAAUAAUUGUCGCUAUGUGAAAUUACCUUUAGCAGGUCGUGGAAUACCACCUACCUGUAAAGAAGUAGAAUCAUUUUUGGAUAUUUGUUGGGAUUUUGUUAAUAGCAACCCUAACCUAUACAUUGGUAAGUUAUAUUUAUUUUUAAUUUUUGAAAAAAUAUCUUGGUGGACGGGAUACAUAAGUAAUUUAAUAUUUGGUUUGGUUAUUAAAAGAAACAACUGCCACUUAACAAAUCAUAAAUUGUUGAUACUUUAUUUUUUCUAGGUGUCCAUUGUACCCGUGGUCUAAACCGGACUGGAUUCUUAAUAGUCGCUUGGUUGAUAGAAGUAUUACAUUAUACUGUGAAUAGUGCCUUGCAAGAAUUUGCAGCAGCUAGGUAAAAGAUAAAUUGUACCAUUAUGAACAUACAAGAUGAUGAAAUUAUAUUGUAUACACUUUUAUAGACCUCCAGGAAUUACCAGACAGUCAUACAUAGAUGAACUAUAUCAUAGGUAUGAAGAUUGAAGAACCUACAACACCAAAUCAAUGUAAACUUUGCUUCCAAGUACUAUAAACAAUAAAGUAGGAUUAAUUUAUUUAUAUUAUAAUUCGAGCAUUUUCUAUGAUAAUUAUAUUAUAAUCAUUUUUUUAUCAUUUAAAUUUGUAGUGUAGUCCGUUGUUUGAGAAACGUUGCUCGAUCUAAUU